AUGAAGAACAAGUUCAUUAAGUCCUGUGAAAAGAAACUGAAAAAGAUGACAAGCAAAGUCAUAAUACCUUGUAUGUCUUGUGAGGCAUGCUACGAUAGAAUCUGCUGGGCAUUCAAGAAGGAAGCUGAGGUGACACCAAAAGAUGUUCCUAAGGGACACUUGGUUGUAUAUGUGGGUGAGGAGUACAAGAGGUUUGUGAUCAAGAUCAACUUGCUUAAACACCCACUCUUCCAAGCAUUGCUGGAUCAAGCACAGGAUGCAUACGGUUUCAGUGCUGACUCCAGACUAUGGAUUCCAUGCAAUGAGAGUACCUUCCUCGAUGUUGUUCGUUGCGCUGGUGCUCCCCAGCAUCAGAGUAACUGCAUAUGUAUCUAGGAAGGUUCUUGUACAUGGACUUCAAGACAUUCAUUGAUUUCUCCGGCUCCACGUUUACAAAAAGAAUGUUGUUCAAUGCUAAGCUAUGGGGGUACACUAAUAAUGUAAGACUUUUUGUAUUAAAUGUGUCUUUAAAUUCAGCUGGAAAUGUAUUAUUAGCCACAAGGAAAGCAAUAAAAUACGAUUUAAGCUAUGUAUCACACUUCUCCAGCUCCAAAGAAAUACAUGAAGCCACAAAACCCAGAGCUACUUACUGAUAAGAGCCACUAAAACAUGAAAAAUUACUCAAGACAUAGUUCAAAGUUCCUUUGUUUUCAAUUAAACUAAACC